GCAAACUAUGGGAAUAUAAUGGAUCUUAAAUGAUUCAAGCCUGGUACAAGGCACCUUCCUCAUGUUCUAGCUCAGAUAGGAUAGUUUAUUCGAAAAACUGUUGUAGAAGAGAGAAAGAGGUAGGGAAGAAUAUUAGAGUUGCAUAUGUAAUACUUAGUCUUGAAAUAUACAUUAUUCGUGCCAAUGUGUACUAACAUAACAGGGUUGCCUUUGCAAAUAGCUUCAAAGAUAUAGUCACAACUUCGACCCACUUUCCACAUGUUCCACUGACUAAUAUACCGAGAAAGCUCUGUAUUCUUGCAGUGUAACCUCGUAGGUACCUAUUCAGUAUCCAAAAUGUCACGAUCAUUGCGAAGUACGUUGUAGUUAUCGUUGUCCAAUGCGGUCACGCUAAUUAAUUUAUUGACAAUGUAUUAAUGAAAAAAAAUUGAACUAAUUUCGAAAGGGGUAUGAAGCUGAGACAAAGGGCUAGUUUUCACAGUUUCUAGUUUUUUUCCCCAAUAAAAAAAGCGCAUAAAAAUUAUACGAUUAAAGAAAUUCAUAGACAUACUCGCAAACAAGAAAAAGAUGUCCGUGAAACUGAACGAAUCCGGUGCCUACCCCUUUCCUAUCAAUCUUGAAAUGUAUAGGCAGCAGCGUCAGCGGCUCAGUAAGAGCUUACGCGAACACUAUACCAAGGGAGGUCAUGCGGCUCUUCUCAAGGCGUCUUCCGAGGUUCCCAUCAACUCCACCGAUUGCAACUACCUCUUUGUCCAAGAAAGCUACUUCAACUACCUCUUUGGCAUCGAUAUGCCAGACGCGUAUGGCGCCGUACUGACUGACGGAACCGGGAUAAUUUUCAUCCCCCGCCUGCCGGCCCAGUACGCGACCUGGAUGGGACCCCUCCCGACCCCGGCAUUGGUUAAGCAGAGCACGGCGGUCGAUGAAGUGCACUACGUGGACGAGAUGGCGAAGGUCCUGCACGACAAGGACGUGCACACUGUGGAGGUCCUCAAGGGGGUGAACUCCGAUAGCGGGCUGGCGGUCCUCACUGCCUCCUCACCCUGCCCGGAACUCGAGGUCGAGGACGCGUGGCUCUUCACCCGGCUGAGCAACCAGCGCGCCCUCAAGACCCCGCUCGAGGUCGAGGUUCUGAAGUACGUCUGCAAGGUUUCCAGUGAUGCCCACAUCAAAGUAAUGCAGAUGUGCAGACCAACAAUCUCACAGCAUAAUCUGGAGUCCACUUUCCUCCAUGAGGUCUACUCCAAGGGGGGGUGCCGCCGGGUGAGUUAUACGUGUAUUUGCGCCACUGGUCACUACGGAUCGAUCUUGCACUACCCUCAUAACGAUAAGCCUAUCGAGGAUGGAUCGAUGGCGCUCUUGGACAUGGGCGGCAACUAUCGUGGCUACGCCGCUGAUAUCACCUGCAGCUUCCCAGUCAAUGGGAGGUUUAGCGAACCACAAAAGGCGAUUUAUAACGCCGUGCUUGAGGCCCAUGAUCGUGUUCUUCGCGCGAUCAAACCGGGUGUGUCUUGGGUUUACUUACAUCAAUUGGCUAUUCGGACGACUUGUACGCAUCUUGUGCAAAUCGGUCUACUACGAGGUGACGUUGACGAGCUCAUGGAAAAGGAAGUAAUGCAAUAUUUCCAGCCUCACGGACUUGGUCAUCUUCUUGGACUUGAUGUACAUGAUGUGGGCUCUUACCUUGAGGACUGUCCGCCUCGUCCUACUAGGAAGGAUUGCUGUAGGCUACGCACUGCGCGUGUUCUGGAGGCAGGUCUGUACAUCACCGUAGAGCCCGGCUGUUAUUUUAAUGAAGCGUUAAUGCAGGAACUGCUUAGCAAUGAUGCUUUGAAGUUCCUUGUGAAUGAGGACAAACUAAACGAAUACCGGGAUUUUGGAGGCGUCCGCAUUGAAAGCGAUGUCCUUGUAACAGAGAAUGGUGCAGUGAACUAUACCUGUGUACCACGCACCGUGGAUGAAAUUGAGUCUACAAUGGCGGGCAAACCCUUUUCGAAGAACAUUGAAGUAUAUUAUAAUAUCUAG